CCGUCGUCGUCAAGAAGAUCAAUUACAUUGAAAUCGAAAGAGAGUGCUUGAAUCACAGCUUAUGCAGACGCUACACCAGUCCCAACUUCUCCAGAAUUCGGCCGAGGCGGCGAACAAUCAGUCGGAAUCUGACGCGCCGCCGAAACAGGUGGCUCAGGCCAUGGAACGACUCAAUCAAGCGGCUAGGGUUAUCGCCGAUAUCCGCCUCGGCGCUGACCGUAUCCUUGAAGCUAUGUUCGUGGCUUCGCAACCUCGUCACACAGACAUGCCUCUUCAGCUCUUUCUCAGAGAAGACGCCUCCAUGCGUCAACAUCUUCAGGAUCUUCGCUUAAUCGGGAAGAAAUUGGAAGAAUCUGGAGUGUUAACUGAAUCACUUAGGUCAAGAAGUAACUCAUGGGGUCUUCACAUGCCUUUGGUUUGUCCAGAUGGUGCUGUCGUUGCUUAUGCUUGGAAAAGACAGCUUGCUGGCCAAGCUGGUGCCUCUGCUGUUGACAGAACCAGGUUAGCUCUCAAGGCCUUCACGGAUCAGAAAAGACGAUUCUUCCCUCACAUUGAUGAUGGAUUAAAGAUGGAACCAAGAUCAAAGAAACAUCGUGCCUCCCAUUUGCUAUUAGAACAUGAAAGAGAGGAGCCUGUUGAUUACAAAACAUUACCAGAUAUACAAUCGCGUUUAGAGAAGCUGGUCCCGAAUGUGAAGGUGUCUACUUAUGGACGAUUGAACUGGCUUAAAAGAGCUAAUUCUUUACCUGGGUCAGGUAGUGAUGAUCCAACAGAAGCAUCGAAACCUAUUUUCCAGAGUUCUAGUAAGCUGAGAUCAGGGUUACAGACUGAAGUUGUCGAUAAGAUUGCUGUUAUUGAGUUAUCAUUUCCUUCUUUAUUCAGAGCUAUAGUCUCGUUGAAUCCAGCGGGUUCUGUUGAUCCAGAUGCAGUUGCUUUCUUCUCCCCAGAUGAGGGAGGCAGCUACUUACAUGCGCGAGGCUUCUCGGUUUAUCAUGUUUACAAACACAUGACGGAACAUGCUGCUACGGCCUUGCAAUAUUUCCUCGGCUUUGGUACUGGAACAGCUCUCUACUCUCUUCUGCUAUGGAUAUGCAGUUUUGAAUCCCUAUUUAGCAAACCUUGCACUAAAUGUGGAAGGCUAUUAGCAAUGGAUAAAAAGUCUGCGCUAAUUUUACCUCCUUUACACCGCGCUUACCAAGAAUUGCCUCUUGCAUUAAACCUGGACGUUUGUGAAGCUUACCACUCCAGUUGCUCUCAAGAUGAUACGUAGUACUCCAGUAAUUAGGUUAGAACUAAGUUCUAAUAACAUUUUGUAUGGUUCUUUAGUAUCUGCUCUUCUCCUUGACACCUCUUGUUUGUUGUUGAUGUUCCAUGUUGAGGUUUAGAUUAACUUUCUUUCUUUCUAUCUCUGGUAACAUGUACUGCAAAUGGCAACUGAUGACACAUGUGAAUGUUGUCUUCUUUCUAGAGAUUUGAUCUGUGUUCACGAGAUGACUGAACAAAGACUUUUUUUUUCUUCAACUCUCUGUUCACAUUGUUGUUGUUGCAAUAAAUAUCAAAAUUGAGA